AUGAGUUUCCGUCAUUUUCCUCGUCGUGACGUUGAAUCCGAUUCCAGCGAUGAUUCUAGCAGUGAAGGUGAAGUUAGUAAAACGGCCAGCGACACCACCGAAGCUGUGGAAGGUCGUGGCCAAUUGGGCUCAAGUCAUGUGGAUGCUCCAAUAACAACUCACAGUUUAACCAGAGAGUUUUCGGCUGAGAACUUGUCCGUCAACUCGAAACUGCCUACCUCCAACACACUGCCGACACAUCCUAACCUUGAAGCACUGAAAUCGGACCGAAUCACAAUAGAAUCGCGGUCUGAAUCCUCAUCUCCGGACUCCGCAUCGGCCUCGGACUCUGCCUCCGGUUCCGACUCUGAUUCUGAAUCCUCAACCUCCAGUGAUGAACUGCCAUUACAGAAACCGGUUUUCAUUAAGAGGAAACGAAACCCUAUCGACGUUAGUCACAGCAGUAGUGCAAAUUCAGAAUCACGCCACAAUGCCACCGCUACCGAAGCACAAGAUGUUACUUUCAACUCUAAGAGCUCCACGGCCACGACUCUCGGAGCCGCUGAGUCGGUAACUGGUAAUUCCCUCCAAGAACGAAUCCUAAUGCUUAACGAUGAUGAUACCAUAGAUCCUGCAGGCGAGAAAGCCAGAUGGGUUCAGCGACAAGAAGGUAGAUCACUACGGCAACGUCAAAAAUUGCAAUUGCGCCAACAGCAAGUUGAAGACAUGGAAGCAUCAAGACUAUUGCGCCAGAACGCGCCUAAUUUGGAACUUCCAACAAAAGACAAACUUAAGAUCCAGCAAAAGGCCCAUGGGAAACGAGUCAACGAAGGGUCUAGUACGGAAGUUCCAAAAUCAAACAGUAUGGGUCACAAGGCGCAAUAUAAACGUUACAAACCUUCUGUGGUGAAGAAAUCCAAUGCCGUAUUAAAGCAAAACGCUUUGCCGGGAAAUUACGAAGAAUCUGAGUAUUCUGUCAUUUGA